AUGAAACAUAGUAAAAAUAAUGAAUAUGAGAAAUAUAUUAAUGAAGGACAAUGCGCACCACAAUAUGAGGCAUUGGGCUUAUGCCAUACCUACUUUUUUAAAGAAUUUAAUUUUUAUCCGAGAGUACUUAGCAUAAAAGAUGAAUACAUAAAUGAUAUAAGUAAAUUUCAUGAUCCUAUUUUAACAUAUGUUGCUUUAUAUUUAUAUCAUAAUUAUGGAAUUGCCCAUCAAUAUUUUAAUAAAAAAAACCAAAAACGUUAUAAUACUGCGUGUGCUGCUUUAAAUACAUGGUUAGAUGAACAAAAAAAUUUGUACACUAACUUUGGAAGGUGUUAUUAUAAUUUACGUUGGUGGAAUAUUCAUAUUGAACCAUUAUGGGAUAAGCUAAAACAAUAUUAUAGUGACGAAAGCUGUAAAAGAGUUUAUUCUUACUAUUUUAAAGAUGUAGCUCGUAGGAAUCCUAAUAUUAAUGAUAGAUGCUAUAAACAAGAAGUUGAGGAACAUGUUUGUUUUAAAAAAGAUGAUAAGGACAAAAAUUCUAUUAAGGAAAACUGUGCUAAACUUAGUAUAUUAUUUUACUUAGGUGAAAAGUAUAAAUUAUUCGGCGAAAAUACAGAAGCAACGAGUACCACAUCUAAUAAUUAUUGUGACAAAAGCCCUCCUGAAAAAAUUAACUACUCUCCAGUGUUAAAAGCUGAAAAAUCGUAUAUUUGCAAAUCAUUAAUAAGUACCAUUGCUCUUCCAAUAAGUGUAACAGUUUUAGGAACAAUCUUUCUUGCCUUUUUUUUAAACGAAUUUACGCCUAUAGUAUCUAUAUUUCGAACUGGUCCUAAGCAUAAAGUUAGAUUGAGUGAAAAUUUUAACGAGGAAGCUUAUUACGAACAAUAUAAAACAUACAGAAAUAAUAAUCAAAAUAUUGAUCAAGAAAAAAAUAAUAUAUAUUACCAAUCCAUGAAUAAGUAA